AAUGCUGAGCUAGAUGGGCUGAAGGGCAGAGCGUAAGACUGAUUUGGCUGUUUGUAUGCAGAAUACGAUCAGAUGUGAAAAACGGAGGGAAGACCAGACGAAAGUCACGUAACAAGGACUAGAGGAACCCUGUCUAGAUAGGGGCUAAGGAAUUCGAAGAUGCCCGUUCGCAAGAGAUUGGAAGGAAACGAGAUGGGCGGAUGGGCUGGUCCCUUCGCUCUUUUGCUGCCGCCGCUUUUGCCAAGGGUCAGAUCGCUGUUGUCCGGUGGUGCAGGCGGAGAAGGCCUUUGGGGGAGACGUUCAGGGGGCUCCACUCAGCAGAAUGAGCAGGAAGAUGGGCCCCCGCCCGCCCGCCAGUCCGCCAGUGGCGGCUGGUCCGUUGGGAUAAAUGGGCCACUGCCCCACCAAGCUCAGCCUGCCCUCGGCCAGCCCCAGAACUGCCUGCCCUCUUACAACCAGCCCGCGGGGUGGCAGGGCCUGUCCGCUUCGUCGCCUUCGUGGAACUCGGCAGGGAGGCGGGUGGGCAACGGAGCCAGCGUGAGUCUGCUCUGCCUCUCACUGGCUCGGCUGCCCCCACUUUCCGGGCUGCCUGCCUUCCGCCCUACCAGCAACGACGGGCGCCACCCGCCACUCCGCCCCCAGAGCUGCAGGGCUCCUGGCCAGAGCGCAUGCUGAGGUGAAGCCAGGUCAUCGAAAAGGAUGGCUGGGUGCCCCCCACCCAUGCAUUGGGGCAGCUUACCACAUUUUGGACUCUGUGAAGGGCUGUAUUCACUGCCACCGAAAGAGCUCUCCCCCAGAACUCUGGAAGCAACGGAAGGGAUGCGCAUUCUCCUCAGAGGAGCCCCCGCCCCACCCUCGCCCCCACUACUGAAGACGCCUUCCUGGUUUCCUAAUGGUAAAACUUACCGCCACUCCCAAAUCCUCCCUUGUUGAUGAACCAGUGAAGAUCUGCAUCACUGACUUGGAGCCCUCCCAUCUGGUGACUGUCCAGGCCUCUUUGACUGAUGAAAAAGGAGUGCUUUUCCAGGCCAGAGCUUUUUACUGGGCAGACCAAAAUGGUGAAGUGGAUUUGGAGCGCGAUGCUGCCACAGGAGGCGAUUAUUCCGGCGUGCAUCCGAUGGGGCUCUUCUGGUUCUUAAAGCCAGAGAAGCCGUUUGCAAGGCUGAUGAAACGAGAUGUGAUGAAUACCCCCUACGUGGUCUGCCUGGAUGUGUUUGGACACCAGAUGCUUCUCCCAAGUCAGGAACAGCCCAUAGCCAGCCAAACUGUGGAGAGGUGGUAUGCAUCACCUGGUGUGCAAAGGGUCCCUAUCCGGCAUGGCAGAAUCCGUGGGGCUCUUUUUCUUCCUGCAGGGCAAGGUCCUUUCCCAGCCGUUAUUGACCUUUUUGGUGGCCUCGGUGGACUGACAGAAUUUCGGGCCAGUCUUCUUGCCAGCCGUGGAUUUGCAGCGCUGGCUCUGGCAUAUUUCGCUUAUGAAGAUCUGCCCAAUUUUCUCGGUGUAGUGGAUCUGGAAUAUUUUGAGGAAGCUGUCAAGUUUCUUUUGAAACAUCCAAAGAUUUGUGGGCCAGGAAUUGGUAUAGUGGCAACAUGCAAAGGGGCAGAAAUCGCACUGGCCAUGUCGAUAUUCCUGCCACAGAUCCGAGCCACUGUUUGCAUUAAUGGGACCAAUGCCAUCCAUGGAUCCAUGCUCUGCUACCGAGAUAUCUGCAUCCCGCAUAUCCCUUACAAGCUCGAGUGUAUGAAGCUAUCCGAUCAGGGCCUCCUCGAUAUCUAUAAUGCCUUCGGAGACACUCGAGCAGAGAAAUACCAGGGCAGCAUCCUGCCUGUGGAAAAAGCCCAAGGGAAGAUCCUCUUCAUUGUAGGAGAAAGCGACAGGAAUUACAACAGCAAGGCUUACGCCCUGGAAGCCAUGGAGAGGAUGAGGAAGUACAAGAAGACCCACUGUGCCCUGCUCUCUUAUCCAGGUGCAGGACACUUGAUAGAGCCUCCAGGCUCACUAUUCUGUUACCAUUCCUGGUCCCCCUUUUUCCCUCGUCCUCUGUUAUGGGGCGGGGAAGCCCAGGCCCAUGCCGCAGCCCAAGCACAUUCUUGGAGAGAGAUCCAAAAUUUUCUUCAGCUUCACCUCAACCCAACAACGAGUAGCAAACUCUAAAAACAUGCCCAGAUGUAUAUACUGAACUAACCCUUGAUCCUAAGGAAAAGGAAAUCAGCACACUGCAAAUUCAGAUGUCACAGUGAAUGCCCCCCAAUGUCCAGUGGAGACUAUUGAUAAUUACAAAGCUAUUGAGGACUGGAGCUAAACCAGGGCUGGGGAACCCUGUAGAAGUUGUUGGACUACAUCCCUGACUGUUGCCCAUGGCUGUUGGGACUGAUGGGAGUUGGAGUCCAACAACAGCUAGAGGGCACGAGGUUCCCUACUCUGGAGCUAAAUGGAACCUUUGUGAAGAAAUUCAUCUAGAUACCGGAUGCGGAGGUUUAAGCUCUAAUAGACUGCCUUUGCUUUUUUGCCCCACUUUCGAGAACAUUGUAUGGAUGUGUAGCACAUUACACCAACAGCAAAAAGCUGCUCCAGGAGGGGUAAUUUUUGAAUGGAAACAUGGCACAGGGGAAUAGGAUUAAGAACCCACUUUCCCCAUUGUUUCUUUGCUCCCAGUUGCCUCUUCAAAUGAUCAAAAACAAUGUUACAUGUGCCUGCAUGUACUGUCUAGUUUGGCCCUUACUUCCAGGGGCAUUUGCUUGGCCAUAUUGGGAAACAGAAUAUCGAACUGAUUGACCACAUAUGCCUGGUACAGCUCCUUUUUUUCAGACAAACAGGCAAUAAAGCAGACUCAGAAGUUGGAAGCAGCCCCCGAUGAUGCUAGUUCCUAACCUUUGGGUCUCUAGAUGUUGGACUACAAUUCCCAUCAUCCCCAGCCAGCAUGGCCAAUGGUCAGGGAUAAUGGGGGUUGUAGUCCAGUGAUAUCUGGGGACCCAAGGUUUGGGAAGGCAGAUCUAGACUGAGGUUUCCACACAGGUUUAGAUUCUCUUAGAAGGCAUUAGCAACUGAAAUCAGCUCUGUAGGAAAACCAAGUGGGUGUACUUGACUAGAUUGGAGCUGAAGCCUAAUCAUUCUCCUACUAGAAUGUUGGUUCAUACCUUCAUGGAUGACCAAUGAGCUAGGAGACCUGCAAUGUCAGCAUCUUUGUGUCUUUUACCAGUGGGACAAUCUGUUCCAUUUCCUUAAAGGAGCGAGUUAGUGACCUCAACUGAUAUAGGUGUAUGUAGCCAUGUGAGAAACAUCAUGACUUGCAAUGCUUUUGUUUCACACCAAGGGAUUAGAAGACCCAACAUCAUUGGUGAUCCAAAUGAAGCAAGGACUGGAGGCUGGCUGUUGCCUGGGUCCUGGAAAGCCAAGCAAUGUGGUG